AUGGGUCUCUUUAAGCGCAAAGACUCUAAGAACUCGAUUCAAAGCGAGAAGGAGGAUUUCGACUCGACCGUAACCGUCAACAGUGCUCGUACCUCCAAUGCAUCAUUGAGAUCGCCCGGUUAUAAAGGAAGUGGGCUGCCUGCCUCCAUCCCAGAACUACCCAUCGCCAAACCACCUGAUCCGGCCCUCGAUCCAGCGGCCUACCUGCGGAGUAUCCAUGCUGUCCGUGAGCGCUGCAGCCUUGUUUUGAAUAAGGCCAAGAGAAAUAGACUCAACCACUUUGAUGUGGAUAUGGGCAAAUUCAUGGCCACUGCAUCUUACAUUGUCUCCAUUAUCAAGAGAGAUUAUGGCCCGGACUACGACUCCAUUCCUCCUCAUGGCCGUUGGCAACACUUCGACGUGGGUGGACGACCCCGCGUUAACCAAUUGCUCCAGUCCUGGCCCAGUACCAUUGAUGCGCAGGAGCGCACCCGGCGAUUGAUCGACCUUUUCGUUGUUUCCGUCCUUCUCGAUGCUGGUGCAGGUACCAGGUGGUCAUACAAGUCGAAGGAGUCCGGCAAGAUCUAUUCGCGGAGCGAGGGUCUGGCCGUGGCCACCUUGGAAAUGUUUAAGAGUGGUUUGUUCAGCAGCGAUCCGACGGAGCCUUGUCAAGUGGAUGGGGCAGGCCUGAAGAAGAUCACGGUCGAAGUACUCGCAAAGGGAAUGCAACACUCCGAAACCAACCCCUUGGCGGGAAUUGAAGGCCGAGCUGGUCUUCUGAUCCGACUUUCCGAGGCCCUGAACAACCAAGAUUUCUUUGGGGUAGAUGCUAGGCCAGGCAACAUGCUCGACUACCUCCUUUCUCAUCCGUCUACACUUGCUUCGUCGGUUCCAAUUGUGCCUAUCACCACGCUCUGGAGUGUCCUUAUGGAUGGAUUGUCUCCGAUCUGGCCGCCAUCCCGCACACAGAUUGAUGGGCUGUCUAUCGGAGACGCCUGGCCGUGCUCCGAUCUCCCCAAGUCCCCCCCUGCGAAACCCUGGGAGAGCAUCGUCCCAUUCCACAAGCUUACGCAGUGGCUGUGCUACUCUAUCAUGGUGCCCAUGUCGAAGCUGAUGAAGAUCCAUUUCGCCGGCAGUGAACUGCUCACGGGUCUACCCGAAUACCGGAACGGUGGUUUGCUGAUUGACAUGGGUCUGUUGACUCUGAAAGAACACGAUUUGGAGCGGGGUAUUGCCGCCUACAAGGAGAAUGCGCAGAUCAAGGGCCAACCAAACGUGGAGGUUGUACCACUCUUCUCCACGGAUGACGACGUUGUCGUUGAAUGGCGGGCUGUGACCGUUGGGUUCCUGGAUGAGCUACUGGAUGAAGUGAACGGUCAGCUUGGACUGACGGGAGACGAUCAGUUGACCCUUGCACAGAUGCUUGAGGCUGGAUCCUGGAAGGGUGGCCGUGAGAUUGCUGAAGUGUCGAGACCCAACACGAAAGAACCUCCGAUCAUGAUCCGUUCCGAUGGCACUGUUUUCUAA